AUGAAAGAAAUAUUGUAAUUUCAAAGUUGGGUAUCAAGGUAAAAACCUUUGACGACUAUUCUAUCUAUCAGAAAACUUCAAAAAUACUUGGAUCUAAUAUAAACCAAAAGGGUAUUAGGAUCAAUUUAUUUUAGUGGGUAUAAUGA